GUCCAGUCACUGGUGUGGAGGUUCUCUCAUACGAGAGGAGUGGGUCCUCACUGACAGACAAUGCUUCUCCUCAUGUGUUCCAGACCUGAGUGAGUAUCGUGUGUGGUUGGGUGUAUCAGACCUUCGUGGCUUGGCUCCGAACAGCUCCUUCAGACAGGAAGUCUCCAUCUCCCAUGUGAUCUGUGGUCCUGAGGGCUCCAACCUGGCCCUCAUACGGCUGGCCCAGCCUGCCCUCCCUGCAGACAGUGUCCACACCAUUCAGCUGCCGGUGGCUGGGUGCUCCAUUGCUGAUGGCUCCAUGUGUAGCAUGUAUGGAUGGGGCGAGACCAAAGGUACGGGUCAUGAAGGUGUACUGAAGGUGGUCCAUCUGCCCAUGGUCAGUAAUGAGAGGUGUAGUGAACAACACAGAGGGAACCUCCACAUCACAGACACCAAGAUUUGCGCUGGGGGGAGGAAGGACGAGGGGGUCUGUGAGAGGGACUAUGGCGGCCCCUUGGUGUGCCAGGAAGGAGAGAGCAGGGUCAUAGUGGGGGUCAGUGUCCAUGGCAGAGGCUGUGCCCGU